AUGUAUGCCCGGGUAGCGCCCUCAGCAUCGGCGGCCGAAGCCCCGUCUCCGGUCGCCGCUUAUCAGCAACAGCAUGCCGCCCUCGCGACUACAGCAGCAGGAGCUGCACUACCACCGCCGCCGCCGCCGGGGCAGCAGCGGCAUCAGCAGCCGCCUCCGGAGACGCGCAUCCAGGAGCCCUGGCGACGAUCGGCCUGCGACCGCUGCCGCGCGCAAAAGUUGAGAUGCGUGCGUGCCAAGGAGGACGACACCUCGAGACCCUGCACGCGGUGCCUGCGCAUCCGGUAUCCGUGCUUCACCAGCUCGGUCAACCCUCCUGGGAGAAAUUCUAGCAGGCUGCCUCCGCCGUCAGAGUCGACUGCGUCGGCUGCGUCCUCGGCGGCGAACCGGUCCACUAGGAAGAAAGCGACCCGACGACGGGCGAGCGAGGAUGUCUCCCUCGUCGCCCUGGACCAGCAGCACUCGCCCAUAUCAAUGGGGUGGCCCUUGAUCCAAGACGAGGACCAAAACGAAGAGGCUGGAGUCUUUGAAGAUGGCGGCAUGUUGAUGCUGACGCCAUCCGAGGAGAACUAG